AGUGAGCAAAGGUAAUCAGACACCUGUGGUGCUUGGCUCUGCAGGUCUCCUCCCAGGAAGGGAGGGACCUGAGAGGAGGCGUCCUCACCACUGGGUAGACCAGUGAAACUAUUCUGUUUCAACCUGAGGGGUUUUUUCUAACGCUGCAGCACACGGGGUUCUCCUGUAAACUGAGACAUAAACUCGCUAAAGAAGACAGACCAGAAACACCAUUUGGUCGUGGAUUCCAGACAAACUAUAACCUCCAACUUUAUGGAUAAGAUCGCUCAACUUGACAGAGCAGUGGAAAUGCUUUUGUGAAAAGCAGGUGAACUCUGUUCCCCUGCUAUCCCAGGGAGAUUACAGCAGGACAUGCUUCCAGCCACUGAACAGCUUGACUUCGCUUACAGUGUCAUGGGAAUCUUGCUCACAGAGAGGAGACUGAACUCCACCACUGAUAACAUACAAUCAGUAGUGGUCUUUUUGUAAUCGCUUAGAAGUUCACUACAUGCAAACUGUGCGUGACUGAACAGGAUUACAGAAUAGUUUUGUUAUAUUUGGCUCCUUCCAGGAGAAGGUAAGAGGGACUGGAGAGAUUUGUCCAUACAAUAGCCUUUUGUUCCCAGCAGAGAGGUGGAAUAGGAGCAGCUUGGAUAACUGGAGGUGGGCAGAUGAACCUUUUGUGACAUUUUCAAUGGACACUUUGCCGGAGCUUUGCUUGUUCUCAGUCAGAGUGACACUUUAAACAAAAAUGGACAGUGCAAGUGAAAACUCCAGUGAACUUGGGAAGCAGCCCCCUAGUUCUCUUCGGUAUGUCUUUAGCAGUUUGUUCACAGGGGGACGCUCUGCCUCUUCAGACACACAAUCAGCCGUUCUGACGUCCUUCAGGGAGCUGUCAGAUGGAGACACUCCUGAAGAUGAAGGUAGUCAAGCUACUAAUGAAGAGAACAAGCUCCAAGGGGGGGAGGAUAUGCUUCAGGAUGAUGUGACUGCUUCCUGUGAUACAGAGCAGAAGGUUAAAUCAUCAGAUCAGGAUGCUGGUGAGCAAGUUAAAGUAGCAGCUGGAGCCUCAGUUGACCCCGAUCUGGUCCAGGUCACGAGAGUGGAAACCUAUAGCGACAAUGAGGAUGAAAAUGAGGAUGAGAAGGUGGCCCACAAGUGCACUAGUCUGUCAGAGAAGCUUGCUAGGACUAAGAAGCUUGCUCUACCUGGGGAGGAUGAUAAUACAAUGAACCAUGGGGAUGGAGAUGAACGGAAAGUUUCCAGUGAAGCAGAGUACAAAGUGCCUGUGUUUAGAACACAUAAUCUUCGAGAGAGAUCCCACUUAGAAGCUAUUUUAUUUUCUGAUAAGCUUGGCAGCAGAACUAGUGCUGGGAAAGUUCUGGUCUCUUCAGUUUCCAAACAGGGAGAAGGCUGCAGUCCCAAAGAGAGCACUAACACAGAAUCUGUAGUCGCAGAAACACUGGCUGCUGGAAAGAAGGCUAUGUGUGAUGUGAGAACGGAUGAGAACGAUGAGUAUGCUGGCAUCGAUUGUUCUCAGCCUGUUCCCUCAAUCAUCUCUGGGCAUCUGGCUUUAGAGGGUGCAGGCGAUAAUGCUGAUCUGUCCUCGCUAUUAAAGCAGACGGACAGUACACCAAAGGAGGAGACAUGUGAGCAAAAUGCUGAAGCUAAGGAGGAAUCUCAGGAUGCUCAGACCAGCCAGAAGUUCUCUUCUGUUCCCUCCAGCUCUAACACUCCUGAAAUGUCAGUUGAAUCAUCCUCCAGUCUGGAGAGGCAAUCAGACACUGCUGGUGAGACGGUUUCAGGAUCCGACAAAUCCACGUUACCUUCAUCUGCACCUGAAGAGUCCACAGGUGACAGAAUGUGUUCCAGUGCCGCUGCACAAAACACACCAGAAAAAGCUACACCAUCACCAGCUUCGUCUGUUGCCACCUCCUCUACCUCCUCCUCUUCAAGCCCAACCAAGGGUCCAGCGUUGUCUUCGCUCCCUUCCUUCCAGAUGCCAGCUCUCUUCAGUGGUUUGCGGGUGCUGAAGAAAGGAGCAGUGGGGGAUGACAGGGAGGUGGUGUCAGAAAUCAAGCAGAGGGAGAAAGAUGCUGAUCUGGCCCUGCUCAGUCUCAAGAAGACUGUAAAUAAAACCAAGAUCUUUACUGAGCAGAAGCCACCCUCUCCAGUCAAAAAACACGCGGAACCUAAAUCAGUCUCGGAAACUAAAGGCAAUGUAAUGGGACAGCUCAGCCAGCUGCUCAACCUGGACAAUGAUGGCGCUAAAAAUUCUGAAGACGGGCAGGAGGCCGAUCCUGUAUGCAGCAAAAACGAGUCUGAGAAUAAAGAAGAGGCUGCAUUUGAUAAAACUCCAGGCUCAAAAAAUCCUACAUCCACACCUGAAAGGAAGAAAACCUCAGACAUGGCCUAUGAAACAUUCAGGAGCAUUUUCGGCCCCAAGACUGUCAAAACAGACAAGACGGAAGAUUUGGAUCUGGAUGCAGUGAAAAAGAAAAUCAAGAAUGACAAGGAAAGUCUGAGAUCAAUUUUUGAGAGAAGCUCUAAAUCUCCUAGCAAGGAGCUCAAAACGCCUACAGAGGUCAGCACGGAGGUCACAUCCCCUACAGACAGUGAGGACCGGACUCCAGGGCGUUUGCAGGCGGUGUGGCCUCCACCCAAGCCUAAGGAUGAGGAAGAGAAGGUGGGGCUCAAGUACACAGAAGCAGAGCACCAGGCUGCCCUCUUGCAGCUGAAGAGAGAGUGCAAGGAAGAUCUGGAGAGGAUGCAUUCUGACUUCGAGCUUCAGAUCUUCCAACUGCGAGGUGAACAUGCCGUCUCCACAUCACACCUGGAGGGAGUCAUUGCAAAGAUGCAGAGAGACCGGUCAUACAAUACAGGCCAGGAGCGAGGUGAGCUCCGCGACGUUGCCGUGUCCACCGCCGAUGACCUGACACUGAAGACCUGCAGGACUGUGGGGAUCCAGACGGACAGGGAGACCUUUAUCAAGAGCCCUGAGGGUGAUGGAGGCGCUCAAAGCCCCACCCAGAACCUGCCUAAAAAACUCAACUUAGACUCUAUAGGACUGAAUUUAAAAGCUCAGUCGACACCAGGACCUUCUGGAGCCCCUCCACCUCCUCCUCCUCCUCCCCCUCCUCCUCCUCCCCCACCAGGUCUCUCAGGACCACCACCCCCUCCUCCACCUUUGCCAGGCAGCGCAGGAGCGCCGCCGCCACCCCCUCCUCCUCCUCCCCUGCCUGGAUGUGGCCCACCUCCCCCACCGCCUCCACCUCCUCCUCCUGGCCUACCUGGAGGUGGUCCACCUCCUCCUCCCCCUCCUCCAGGCUGCGGACCCCCACCUCCUCCCCCGAUGGGUGGGUUUAGCCUCGGUCCGAAGGUGGAGAAGGCCCCGCGGAAACCUGCCGUCGAGCCCGCCUGUCCCAUGAAGCCUCUGUACUGGAACAGGAUACAGAUACAGGACAAUAACAACAACACACUAUGGGGUUCUCUGAAGGAGCCAAACAUUGUGAAUGCCAAUGAGUUUGAGGAUCUUUUCUCUAAAGCCACGUUACAGCCGAAGAAGAAGCCCCUGUCGGACACCUAUGAGAAGAAAACCAAGCCUAAGAAGAUUAUCAAGCUGCUGGAGGGGAAGCGUUCUCAGGCAGUCGGCAUCCUCAUAUCAAGCCUGCAUCUGGAGAUGAAGGACAUUCAGCAAGCUGUUCUUAAUGUGGACAACUCUGUGGUGGAUUUGGAGACCAUUGAGGCGUUAUACGAAAAUAGGGCCACCAGUGAUGAGAUGGAGAAGAUAAUGAGACAUUACAAGACGUCCAAAGAAGAUGAAGUCAAACUGCUGGAUAAACCUGAACAGUUUCUCUACGAACUCUCCCAGAUUCCUGAAUUCGCAGGCCGAGCCCACUGUAUCAUCUUCCAGUCAGUGUUCCUCGACACCAUCUCCUCUAUACGUCGCAAAGUGGACGUUAUCUCCAAUGUCUGCAAAGAGCUGCUUGAGUGUGACAGUUUGCGGGAGGUUUUGGGGCUCGUUCUGGCCUUUGGGAAUUAUAUGAAUGGAGGGAACAGGACAAGAGGUCAGGCUGAUGGCUUUGGACUGGAGAUCCUCCCCAAGCUGAAGGACGUCAAGAGCAGGGACAAUCGUAUUAAUCUGGUGGACUAUGUGGUUUUGUACUACCUGCGUAAUUUCGAUAAGGUAAGGUUACAAAUUGAAAACAUUUUACACUAUUUAAACAUCUCACAAACUCAACAUUCAUUUAUACUUUUAUGUUUAUUCCAGCAUGCCGGCACAGAAAAGAGUGUUUUCCCUCUUCCGGAGCCUCAGGAAUUCUUCCAGGCUUCUCAGGUUAAGUUUGAUGAUCUCGCCAAAGACAUCAGAAAACUGAAGAGAGACCUAACUGCUUGUGAGAAGAACGUGCAGCAAGUGUGUAGUAACUCAACCGAGGAACAGCUCCAGCCUUUCAAGGAGAAGAUGGAGGGAUUUGUUUCUGCUGCUCAAAAGGAGCAUUCUGCUGAAGAGGACCGACUCAGUGCAGCACAGAAAAGUUUCCAGGACAUGGUGAGCUACUUUGGUGUGAAGCCAAAGUCCGGGGAGAAAGAAGUAGCUCCGAGUUACGUCUUUAUGCUCUGGUACGAGUUCUGCAAUGACUUCAAGAACACCUGGAUACGACAAAGCAAGAACAUCUCUAAGGAGAGGUUAAAGGAAGCUCAAGAAAGCAUCAAGAAGAUGACAGCAGAGAAGAGAGUCGAAACCAAGAAGAUCAAUGCCAACAGUCUGAAGGAGAGGCUUCGGCAGAAGGAAGCCAAUGUGUCCUCCAGCUGAGUGAAAUGACGAGUGACGGAGCAGAAGAACAAAUGAGGACCAGUGGAGGGUUAUUCCUCCUGCAUUUACCACCUGCCUCAGCAACUCUGGACUUCCCUCUGUGCCCCGUACUGACUCACAAUAAAACCUCACUGGACUCUUACUACUCCCACUGCCAUAUCUCUGCCCUACUAACAGCACUGGACGCCCCGCCGCCCUUCCCCUGCACUCCACCACCCUCAUGUUGAGGCUUUUUGGUCCAACCCCUGCAGCGAGGAUGCAUGGCUGACACAGCCGAAGUGAUGGGAGUCUGAAAGGCCAAAGGUUGACCUCAUUCAUCCAGCAUGGCGUGACCUCUGAGUGGCCAGCUCGUGAAAGGUCUCCAGGGUUCAGUGGGAUUCACAGCAGUGCCAGCUGACACAUCCACAAGGUUCCUCCUGGAUCUUUAGAAGCUGAGAAUCAUUUUAUUUCUGAACUGUAUCGGAUAAAACGCGUAUUUAAAAAAAUGCUCCAACAUAGUCAAAAGUGCUCUCACAUUGUUGUACAAACAGAUAUGGCUUCCUGGCGAUGUCUGCUGAGAGGAAAAUCCCUGUUGACAAAACAGAUCUCUCUCUCUCAAAGCGGUAAGAGAGCAGUUCCCAGUGUCCUUUGCUGUAGCGAAUAGCUUUUCAUUCACCACGGCUCAUUAAAAAGUCUUGUAAAUAUGUCAUGUUGUAGAAUCGGCAGGGACUGUGCAGCUUUGAGGAAUAUGAUGAAUGAUCUGCGCUCGGCUUCAAGUGGAGAUGAAGACAUGUUGUGUAUAAAUGGUUGUGUAUACGUUGUAUGUUUAAAAAAAAAAAAAAGUAUGUGGAGGUUUCUUUGUGUUGUGUGUUGCACCAGACAGACCUCUCCUGGGUGACGGCCAGAGGAGAGAGGAAGCUGGCAGCAAGUCUGGUCCAGAGCCUCGGCCCCCGGACACACGGAGUUGUACCUGGAAACAUCAGAAGAACACAACAGGUUUUAACCAUGCGCUCACUUACCUACGAUUUACAAAAACAUUGUUAAUCCCUCAUUGAGUGCUAUUUGUCACAUCGUGUCCAGCACAGUUUGAAGCACUUUUCUGCUUGCAGUAGCUGUAUGUCGUAGCACGCUAUAAACCACACUCCUCGUUACGCUAACUGCGUGCAUUUUUUUCUGCUGUCUUGCACUUUUUUGCACCUCUUUUCCUAUGCAAGAGUAUGGUUUUGUUGUUAUAAGAUAUAUAAACUGUAUUGCUUCAAGAGAGAUUUUUUUUUAUUUUAAUAAAAUGUAUUGAGAUUGUGCUUUAUUUUCACAAAUGUAUGUCGUGACCACGCUCCUGUAUCAUUCGAGAAAAGCCUAUUUAUAUGAGGAAAUAGUUAUUUAAUGCCAAAAAACACCAGUUGUGUUCCCUUUGUGGCUGUAUUUUGAUUUGAUUUGUAACUGAAGUGAAGGAGAAGCUGCUUGAUGAGAGAUAUUUUUUCACAUGGAUGUAUCUUGUAUGUGGUGCAGAUAAACUGUGUGCUCAGCGUUGCAGAUUUUAAGUGCAUAGAUUGAAGGUUGCCUGUUCUGUUUAGUUUCGGAACGAUGAGAGAUGUAUUUUGGGUAUUGAGAACAUUUAAAAUGAUCACCUCAAGCCAUGUGAGUUGCUAAUACCUCAGACAGACUUCCAUUAUCAGAUUAUCCAUAAAACUGCACCUUGAAUUACUUUUCUACCCUACAAAGUCCUUCACCUGUGCCAUUUAUUUUGUACAAAAAUCAAGAUAUUACAGAACUUUAAACUGCUAUAUUUUAACUCUAGAGGGUUUGAAAAACAGAAAUGAGCUGAUACUGACCAAGUUAUUGUUGUAGCCUCGACUGUAUGUAUGUGGGUUCUUGUAACCUUCAGUAGCUCUCAUUUAGGUGCUCUGUAAAUUUAUGGAAUUGUUUUAAAUUUCAAGAAUAAACUACUGGAUGCCACAAAA